AUGAGUAGAGCGAAUGAGGAUCCAAGGCAUGCUUAUAGCUUAGACCUCUAUGAAGUGGUGACCUCGGAAGAAGACGAUGAUUUCAAAAUUCAAAACCAAUUAGAAAAGUUGGAACAGCAGAGAAAGGAUCUAGAAGAGCGGCUAAGGUCGAAGGCUGAAAGAAGGAAGAACCUCAGUCGGCUCCAAAACCAUCAAGUGGAGAUUCCUGCUUCGCCGCGUAAAGGCAGAAAUGAAAAGCAAGCAGUGGCCAACCUCUCAAAAUCAAAGGAUGAGAGUCCUGCAGAUCGGCUCGAAGAAGCCGAGCUCAUUGUGCAUAAUAAAGGCCCGGACCUGGCUCAUUCAACAUCGUACUUUGUCGAAAAGUUUGCGAAUGUUCGCAAAACAGCGGAACAAAAAGUUCAGCGCAGGAAUGACUUGAUGAACUGCCGUGUUCACACUUUCAGAGGCUUGGAGGAUGCCAAAUUGAAGGAGCCUCUAGUCGUAGAUGAAAAAGAGCCUUUUUCUGGUAUGUGGUUAACCAGACGAUAUUUGCCGGAGAUCGACCUCAACCAAAUAUUUAAAGACGUCAAAAUUCUUCGGCUACCUAAGCUGUUUAGCAAGGUACGACCUCCAAAGUUCAGCGAACCAGAUUACGCCAACUGGGUCGCUGUUGGCAUCAUCAGUGCCAAGUCGGCUGUUAAAAUGACCUCCGCACAAAGGCCUUCCAAAUAUUUCAAAUUUACUUUGACUGACUUUCAGCACAACUUGGACACUUAUGUUUUUGGCAAUAAGAAUGUUGAGAAAUACUACAACUUGAGGUUAGGUGAUGUUGUUGCAGUUCUGAACCCAGAUAUAUUGCCCUGGAGACCGUCACAGGUAAACGACGACGAGUUCUCAGGUGCCGUAGUCAAGUCCUUUAAUCUGUCGAUCAGGAACGAAUUUGACUGUCUGCUCGAAAUAGGAGCCAGUAAGAGUCUCGCUUUUUGCUCAGCAUAUAAUAAGUCCACCGGUAAGGUAUGCGGGGUUCCCAUUAAUAGCGCUAUCACAGACAGGUGUGAAUAUCACCAAGAAGUACGAUUCCGGCAAAUUAAUGCACAAAGAGUUGAGCUUAAUGGAAGUACUCCAAUGAGGUCUCCAACAAAAAACGGUAAGAAGCAAGCCCUGUACGGUAGAGCUGCAGCGAAAAGGAAGUUCGAGCUAUUGCCCGACAAGCAUGCGCCCAAAUCUCAAGAUCGAGAGACAUCCAAUACGCUUUACUUUAGCAAUCCCAAUUACGCAAGAGCGUUUUUCGACGAUUCUUAUCAAAAUCCAGACUUGUUGAAUAACUUGGAAGGCAAGCGACGAAAGUUCAAAGAGACAGAGAAAGAAAAAUUACUACGAAAGCAGCUAGAUAAAGCAGUCGGUAAAACAGAGGUUGAAGGCUUCAAAGAUAAAAAUGCCCAGGAACAAAAGCACAUGUGGCAAACAACCGAGCAGGCGCUCAAUAGUGGUUUGGUGAAAAGUAUAGGAUUCGAUCCCACCCGAGGCAAAAUGCGGGGAUUCUUGGCUGAUAAUCGAAAUUCGAAUCAAGCGAUCGACAAUAGGUCUUCUCAAGUCAAAGAGCUGAUGAAAAUGAAGAAGACAAAUAUUGAUUUGGCUCCAUCUAAGGCUGAUAAUAUGAAGCGGCUUCAGAGAAGGGAAAAAAUAUGGCGGGAGCACUUCCGAGAGGUCAAUAACAGAAAUACAGAGGAUUUAUCUAGCAAUGUUGCGGAAAAAAGCGACAGCGAAAGCGAGCUUGAAAUUGUCUGA